AUGGUGGUAGACGAGAAGAACGAAAAAACCACCGCCCCAAAGAGCGAAACAAGUAAGGCAUAUACGAAUGGUAAACCUACUUACGGUCAAAAGUACUACAAUCGUUCCGAACGCCACGAACGCCACGAAACAGGACAUGUUAUCAGCAAGGACCGCGACACAAUCACGGUAAAAACCAACGUAAACGGUGUAAUUAUUCUCGAACGCGACCAAACACACAUUACGUUCGCCCCGGAACUCGGUGACUACGUAACCCUCUUUUGCGGCCUACCAGGCAGUGCUUUGGACGAUCGGAAAGGCCAUGUGUUAAACAUCAGAGCAGUCAAGCCCUUGCGCAUGAUGUCAGGCAUCGGCAAAGUGAUGGUAGGUUCCGGGAAUAUUGGUGAAAUUGACGACGACGAAUUGAAAGACGAAUUGUACUACAAUGCUUCGUUGGUCGCAAACUUUAACCCAAAAGAUGGCGACAUUGUGCAGUAUCAGGCCGUCGAAAACGGAUAUGUUUCACGCCGUUGCAUUAGCGUGAAACUUGCUGUGCCAUCCGUUCAAUGCAAAAACGGAAAAACGGCAAGUGCUCAAAAGAAGAUUCCAAGCGAACUCUUGAAGUGCAAGCCGGCCGCUUUGAAUAGUCAGCGCAAGAAUGCCUUCUUCGCUCCCACAAUGUUGAAAACUAUUGCCACCAUAGCCAUUCCCGAGUAUGAUGUGCCUAGUGAACUGUUUAAGCUGGUUAGUGAUACGAAAGAUGUCUUAGUCAUCAAGAAUUGUCUCUAUGCACCACCAUAUAGCUUGAAAGAUCAACUGACGCCUGCAAAUUAUUAUCAACAGUUCCACACGUUCCUCUAUCUCGAAGAGAUUCAGGAACAAAUCGAGUUUACCGGAAGCAAGUAUAACCGGGAGAAUGCUAAGUUUGCAUGCCACAAAGAGUUUCUGACUUUGUCUCUGGCAGGUCUGCACAAGUCAGGGAACUCGUUGCCCGUCGGGACCAUGGCGUACGCGAAUCGAACCGGCUAUAAAGACACUGCUUUUCAAGGCUCUAUAAAAAAAAUAGAGCAGGACAAGGUGUACCUUUUAUUCGAUCGCAAAUUUCAUGACAACUAUAAAGGGGAAACUUAUCAAGUUCGUUUUGUUUUGGAUGAAGGGAUGAAAGAGGUGUUCCGUAGGCAGCAUCAUGCACUGGAAAAGAUAGUCCAGGUGAUGGGUCCCGGUUACUUGUUCCCACAGCGUAUCAAAUUUAACGAACCGAAGCUGGAUGUGCAUCUGAACGAGCGAGAAGAGUUGGUGUUAAAACUCGGAUAUGGUAAGAGGAUCCUUCCAUGGUGCAACGCAAAACUGAACGUGUACCAGAAGGCGGCCAUCGCGAACGUGCUACGUGCCGAAGCUCGCCCUUUUCCGUACAUUAUCGUUGGACCGCCCGGAACGGGUAAGACGAUCACAAUAAUUGAGCUUAUCAGUCAGCUAGUGAUCAACAUACCGGACUGCAGGCUUAUUGUCGCCACGCCUUCAAACAGUGCUGCAUAUCUUAUUACGGAUCGCCUUGUCCGAACUGGUUUGCUACCGCCAGGAGAGCUCAUACGCCUCGUCAGCAACAGUCAGGUAACCCAGAGACGAAUUCCUCCUAACCUCACCGACUACUGCGCCACAGUUAGUAUCAGAUAUUUGAAAAAGAAGGCUGGAAAGAAGAUAACCAUCACCCAGAGAGAAUUGCAGGAGGCGGAGUUCGUUGGUUAUAAUCGGGUAACGAUCAGCACCUGCUGCUCCAUCGGUACGCUGUUAAAGCUAAAAUUUCCCUCAAACCACUUCACGCACAUUAUCAUCGACGAGGCUGGAAUGUGCCUAGAGCCGGAAUCGCUCAUCCCGAUCUGUUUGAGCAAUCGCACCUAUGGCACAGUGGUACUGGUUGGCGAUCCCCAGCAGCUCGGAGCGGUCACCACGAAUCGCUAUGCGACGCCUCUACACUUGAAAACAUCGCUUCUCGAACGCUUACUCGAGUCCAUACCUAUGUACGCUGAAGAUAAACUUCGCUUCCCCGAGACGGGUGGUUAUGAUUCGCGGUUGGUCAGCAUGUUGCGCAUCAACUAUCGCUCAAUUCCCUCAGUGUUGUCCCUGUACAACGAGCUAUUCUACGGUGGCAAGCUGAUCCCCUUCCUCUCGGAGCACAAUGAAUCGCAAUUGAAGCUUCUGAGCAUCCUGCAUCUUCACCUGGACGUGAAACGUGGAACACCCGACUGCGGCGUCUUUUUCCACGCUGUCGAUGGACUCAAUAGUCGGUCAGAUGGUAGCACCUCGUGGUACAAUCUUGAAGAAGCGAAAACCGUAUGCUGGCUGGUACUGAAACUGCUAGUAAAGGGCUAUAAACCGCAAGAUAUCGGCGUCAUUACGCCGUACAAGUUGCAGAUACAUCAUAUCCAGCGCAGGUUUCAGCUAGUCCAGUUGGACGACGCACCUGAAGUCGGCACUGUGGAACUGUUUCAGGGUCAAGAGCGUAACGUUAUGAUAAUGUCGACAGUUCGCUCACCUUCGUCCUGGAGUGUACAGAACAAGCAGCAGGCACUAGGCUUCGUGGCGGACGAAAAGCGAAUCAACGUGGCUAUUUCACGUGCCAAGGUCGCUUUGAUUAUUGUCGGCAAUCCGAAGCUGCUGUCCCUUGACCCGAUUUGGAAGCAGAUCAUCGACCGUGCCAUAAAAAACGAAACCUACACCGGAAGUGCGUUCGGUGCCACGGCAACGCUCUAA